GGAAACAGAGCCAGCCAGCCAGCCCCGGGAGGACGGACGGAGCAGAGCCCGCUCCCCGGACACAGAGUGGCGCCAGGGCGAGCGCCAGGAGCCGGACUCUGCCUGCCUCCUGCCUUGGUUUCCUCGGCUGGCUGCUUGGAGGGGAUGAGGAGGAAGGGGAGGAGGGCUCGGCUGUGGCUCUAAGGGCAGCCCCCUCCUCAAGGAAGAGGGGAAGAGGAAGAGAGCAGGAGGAGACCGGAGAGCCCUUGGCGGGAAGCAGAGGCAGAGAUGGCCAACGAGUCCCUGCAGAGUGAUCCAGGGAACUGGUCAGUGCUGGAACACUUGGGUCUGGAUCAGAGCUCAGAUUUCUCAGACACCAGUGUACAGCAGAAGCUGGAUGAAGAAAAGGAGAAAAUCAAGCGUGAGAUUCGUAAGGAACUGAAGAUAAAAGAGGGCGCAGAGAACUUACGCAAAGCCACCACAGAUCGUAAGAACCUCUCCAAUGUGGAGAAUUUGCUCAAGAGCUCCAACCGCAAGCUGGAGGCACUGCAUCACCAACUGCAGGAUCUCAAUGCACAUAUUGUUGUCAAAGACCCUGAAGAGCUGGGGGAUGCCCCACAGUCACCAGGCAGCCUGAGCCGGUCAACUGCUACCAAAAAUCGCAUUGCUGGCCUGGAAAAGCAGCUAAACAUUGAGCUGAAGGUGAAGCAAGGAGCAGAGAACAUGAUCCAGAUGUAUGCUAAUGGCACUGCUAAGGAUCGGAAGCUGCUACAGACAGCCCAGCAGAUGCUACAGGACAGCAAGACCAAGAUCAAUAUAAUCCGAAUGCAGAUCCGCAAAGCUAUGCAGGCUGAUGAGGUGCAGCUGAAUAUGGAGGAUGGGCAAGGUAAUACUGAUUUAAGUACCAUAGAGCUGAGGAUUGAGGAGCUGCGACAUCACUUCCGGGUGGAGCAUGCAGUCUCUGAGGGUGCCAAGAACGUACUGCGCCUUCUGGGCUCUAGCAAAGUUCAGGACCGUCAUGCCAUCUCUGAGGCACAGACCAAGCUCAAUGAAUCGAGCCAGAAGUUGGAUCUUUUGCGGCAUUCGUUGGAACAGCGUCUGGCUGAAUUGCCCCAAGACCACCCCAAGGGCUGUAUCAUCAAGGAGGAGCUCAUUCUGGACUCUUCCCCUACCUUCAGUGUCCGCAAUAAUACUUCAUACCAACACAACCAGUACAAUACCCUUUCAAAGCCAUCACCACUCACAGGAACACUUGAAGUGCAGCUGUUGGGUUGCAGUGGUCUCUUGGAGUGUGUCCCUGGACGCACACGUGGCUCCACUGUGUCCCUUCCUUGCAACAGUUCUUUCAUGAGUCGCAGUGGCCGAGGAUUGUACAGCAGGACUGGUAGUGUGAGUGGCAGAACUACCAUCAAAUCUGAAGAUAUCAGCAAUGAAGUAAGUGCUGUAUUAAAGCUGGAUAAUGGAGUUGUAGGCCAGACAGCAUGGAAGCCCAGUGGCCUACAGGCAUGGAACCAGACUUUCACUGUAGACCUGGAGAGGGCAAGAGAGCUGGAGAUUGGUGUAUACUGGCGUGACUACCGAAGUCUCUGUGCCCUGAAAUACCUUAAACUGGAGGAUUUCCUUGACAACCAACGCCAUGAAAUCCACUUGGAGUUGGAGCCACAGGGUACCCUCUUGGCAGAGGUUACUUUUUUUAACCCUGUAAUUGAGCGCAUACCCAAGCUUCAGCGACAGAAGAAGAUCUUUUCUAAGCAACAAGGCAAGGCUUUCCUGCGUGCCCGCCAAAUGAACAUUGAUAUAGCCACAUGGGUGAGGCUCCUGCGGCGCAUCAUCCCCACUACCAGCAGCACAGGGACUUAUAGCCCUUCAACACAGAUGAACCCAACAGCUAGCUCAGAAAGUAGACACAGCCUCAACUCUGGGGACAUUGCCAUCGAGAAGCUGAGCUUGGAAGGGGAUAGAGUUGAACAGGUGGGCCAGGAUGACAGUGAGCUGCCCGGGAAGGUCUUGUUGGGCACACAAACUAGAGAGGAAAUCCCGUUUGAACUGGAGCUGGGCCCAGGAUGUGAGGCCAGAGGAUCUGAGGGUACUUUUCGCAGCCACCUGAGAAAAGCACCUCUCACUAUGGAUGAUUUCCGUUUUGUAGCUGUGCUGGGUCGUGGCCACUUUGGCAAAGUACUGCUGUCUGAGUUACACAGAACAGGGGAUCUAUUUGCUAUUAAAGCCUUGAAGAAGGGAGACAUCACUGCAAGAGAUGAGGUAGAGAGCCUGAUGUGUGAAAAGCGGAUCUUUGAAAUUGUGACCCAAGCACAGCAUCCUUUCCUAGUGAACCUUUUUGCCUGUUUCCAGACACCACAGCAUGUCUGUUUUGUCAUGGAGUACACAGCAGGUGGAGACCUCAUGAUGCACAUCCACACAGAUGUAUUCACAGAGCCACGUGCCAUAUUUUAUGCUGCUUGUGUUGUCCUGGGGCUACAAUUCCUUCAUGACCACAAAAUUGUAUACAGGGACCUGAAGCUAGAUAAUUUACUGCUGGAUACAGAUGGAUAUGUGAAGAUUGCAGAUUUUGGCCUUUGCAAGGAAGGAAUGGGCUAUGCUGAUCGCACAAGCACAUUCUGUGGCACACCAGAGUUUCUGGCUCCUGAGGUGCUGACUGAUACAUCAUACACAAGAGCUGUUGACUGGUGGGGCUUGGGUGUACUUAUCUACGAGAUGCUUGUUGGGGAGUCCCCAUUCCCUGGAGAUGAUGAAGAGGAAGUAUUUGACAGCAUUGUCAAUGAUGAGGUGCGCUAUCCUCGCUUCCUUUCCACAGAGGCCAUUGGCAUCAUGCGCCGGCUGUUGCGGCGGAACCCAGAACGGCGGCUGGGCUCCAGUGAGCGUGAUGCAGAGGAUGUGAAGAAGCAGCCGUUCUUCAGGAGCAUUGACUGGGAAGCUCUGCUGGCCCGUAAAAUCAAGCCACCAUUUGUGCCAGUAAUCAAGGGCCGUGAAGACAUCAGCAAUUUUGAUGAAGAGUUCACAGCUGAAGCAGCUAUGCUGACACCACCCCGUGAAUCACGGCCCCUCACCCAAAAGGAGCAGGAUGCCUUCAAGGACUUUGACUAUGUUUCCAAUGCCUGCUAGCUCUGGGAGAGGGGGCAAGGAGAUCCCCCCAAUACUGCCAGCCGUAUAAGGCAGGGUCCUGCCCGACAGUGACUCAGAUGCUUGCUACCCCUGCCUGUAGCUCCAGGAGUGGAGCUGGGAAAUCCCAGCCACACUGCCAACCUCACAGAAGAGAGUAAAGUUCACCAACAUAUGCCAGCUCUGGGAUUAGACAGGGAAAUCCCCAGAAAUAUUUCUGCACCCUACAGAAUGCAGUAUCUUUUAUGCAGAAAGUUGGACACCUGCUAGCUCUAAGAGAGAGAGAGAGAGAGAGAGAGAGAGAGGGCCAGCUCAGUAUAACAGGCAUGGCGGACUAAGAGACUUGAGCAGAAGAGUUCCCAUAACAGUACUUUUGCCUCCACUGAUUCCCAAACUUUCUGCUGAAACAAAGGAAAAGAAUUUCUCAUUGUUAUGAAGUUGUUGGUAUUGGAGCCAGUGAAGCCAAAUGGCCAUCUCUUCUCCUAACACACACACUUACAUGGCAGGUUUGUUUUUUUAAUAUACAGUGCUGCAACAAAAUGUCUUGUCUUUCUGGUAGCUAUUUUUGAAAACAUCUUAUUUUUUGGAACCAUAGCCUAGCAUUUCUCUAAAAAAAUAGUCCCAAAACAUUGGGAGUUCAAACUAGUGAUAGAAAAAUUUCCAUUUGUUUGACUUGGGAAUCAGCACUGUAUCUUUUGUGGCAGGCAAUAGGAGAAGGUUAACUUGUCUCCCCAACACCUCCAAAUUUUCUUCAGGCCUAUAAUGUUAGCAUAUGUGUAUUGCUAGCACACACAAAUGUGUAUAAUUGCCCUCCCUAUGACCUACAAAAUAUAGUUUGACUUGUGCACCAACCAAAGCAGGGAGUUGCAUGGAAGCUGAACAAAACAUGUUUCAAACAAAGUCGCUGGGAGGGUUUAGGUCAGAAUUGUUGAACAACCUCAUAAAAUAUUUGCAAGAAACAAUCAGGAGAACUGACUGACCCAGGUAGUGGCUUGGUUGAAUGGCCCUAGUCCCAGAGACUGCAUCAGUCAAUGAGACUGAGACAAGCAAUGGACAUUUAAGAAUUUCUUUAGCUGGCAGCAGCUGGAUGUUAGUGCUUGGUCUUCUGGUUGCUGACCACACAAGUUCAGAAUAUAACAUUUUGAGCUGAAGAAGACCUUUUCAUGUGAAAUAGCACUUGAUUUGCCGUAGAGCCAGGUAUUGCAAGGUAGACACAUUUAUUUGCUGGAUUACUGAUUUCAGCAAAAGCACAAGUUCAGAUCCACCAUUUAGAAAUUACUGAUAUGGUCUUUGCUCUUUUUCCACCUGGUCCCCAUGCUCUGUCUUGGAAAUUUACCCACUACCAUGCUAAAGGAGUAUUUCUAAUGUAGGGAGAUGAGAAUGUGUUGAAAUUUCAGGUGCUUCUAGAUAGAUAGCUCCUAGUGCUCCCAGUUAAAAGACUUUGUGCAACUAUUCUGUCUUUCUUUACAUUUUAUUUGUUAAGAAAAAAGAGACAGAAGUAGCAAUGGGAAAAAACCUGGUAGGGUUAAAAAAAAAUGUCUGAAAACCACCCAAGACCAAAUAAAAUUCUAUGAACAGGGUGAUUGUACAAUAAAAGCCUUGUAUGGAA